GUUGCUUUGGCAAGGAGAAGCACGGACCGCGUGUUUUUUGUGUUCUCUUAUCGCUGCUGCAAUUUUGCUUUGACUGCAAAAGAAAUCAAAUAUUAAAGUAAUUAAAUAUUAUAUCUAUGGCGCAAACAAAACAAAUCAAAUUUUACAAUCCAUCGAGUUCGGCGAGCUCCGACAGCAUCACGUUUUUAUGCAGCAAAUCGAAUGAAGCCAACAACAAUCCAAAGGGGAGAAUUGCAACCAAUAGUAUCAACAGCAGCAACAACAAUAAUAACAACAACAACCACAACAACUCUGUCAAGUCAAAGGUUAAGGUCGCUGCUGCUGCCGUCGCCGUCUCUGCUGCCGCUGCCGCUGCCGUUCCCCCGCCUGUAGUCACGAAAACCAAUGGUCACAUUGACGAUCGCUCCGAUGUAACAGAACAGCUUUAUAUUGAUCCUGGGGCGGGCGGUGGUGAACUCAACUGUUGCCCCGCCUCGCCCACCACAGUGCCUGCCAAAUCGGCGCUGGAAUCGCCAAUGCGUGGCCCAUCUGGUCGGAGACAGCGCACUCGAACCACAUCGAUUGGCAAUCAAACGACCACCGCAAAUCCGUCCGAAUGCAUAAUACGUGCAAAUAAUCGCACCAUAUACACAGCUGGUCGUCCGCCAUGGUAUAAUUGUGCUGGCCAACAGGUGGAACCAUUCGUAAUUGGCAUCUGUGGUGGCAGUGCAUCGGGCAAGACAACAGUGGCCGAGAAAAUCAUUGAGAGUCUCGAUGUUCCAUGGGUAACACUGCUAUCGAUGGAUUGUUUCUAUAAGAUUCUUAAUGAGAAGCAACACGAGCAGGCCUUACUAAAUGAAUAUAAUUUUGAUCACCCGGAUGCCUUUGAUAUUGAGCUAUUGAUCGAUGUGCUUACCAAACUGAAAGAGGGACGCAAAGUGGAAGUGCCAGUGUAUAAUUUUGUAACACAUGGUCGUGAAAGUCAAACAAAGACGAUGUACGGUGCCAAUGUCAUUAUAUUUGAGGGCAUUCUAACUUUUCACAGUCCCGAAGUGUUGAAGCUGCUCGAUAUGAAGAUAUUUGUGGACACAGAUCCCGAUAUACGUCUCGCCAGGCGUCUAAAGCGCGACAUCUCUCAGCGUGGACGUGAUCUGAAGGGAGUUCUCAAGCAAUAUUUGAAUAUGGUAAAGCCUUCCUAUGCCAAUUACAUAGCUCCAACUAUGGCACAUGCCGAUAUAAUUGUGCCACGAGGAGGGGAAAACAAAGUUGCCAUACAUCUCAUUGUCCAGCAUGUGCACACCCAAUUGCAAUUGCGUGGCUUCAAGUUGCGCGAGACUUUAGCCAACUCGUAUAAGGAUCAGCCUAUGCCGGAAUCACUGCAUUUAAUUCAUCCAACUCCACAAAUUAAGGGACUGCACACAUUUAUCCGCUGCAAAAACACAUCGCGAGAUGAGUUUAUAUUUUAUUCGAAACGUCUUAUUCGAUUGGUCAUCGAAUAUGCCUUGAGUCUCUUUCCCUUUAAGCAGACGACAGUGGAAACACCACAGGGUGUCCUGUAUGAAGGAAAACGCAUGGCUUCACGUAAAAUAUGCGGUGUCUCGAUAUUGCGUGCCGGCGAAACAAUGGAGCAAGCUGUCUGCGAUGUCUGCAAGGAUAUACGCAUUGGUAAAAUCCUAAUUCAAACCAAUUUAAAGACAGGCGAGCCAGAGCUCUAUUAUUUGAGGCUGCCCAAAGAUAUAAAAGACUACAAGGUGAUACUUAUGGAUGCCACAGUGGCCACUGGAGCAGCUGCAAUGAUGGCGAUACGUGUCCUCCUCGAUCACGAUGUGCCCGAGGAGAAUAUCAUUUUGGCCUCGCUACUAAUGGCUGAAAUCGGUGUACACUCCAUAGCAUAUGCCUUUCCUAAGGUUAAAAUUGUUACUUCCGCUCUAGAUCCGGAGAUUAAUAGUAAGUUUUAUGUUAUACCCGGCAUUGGUAACUUUGGCGAUCGUUACUUUGGCACCGAACCCUCCGAUGAGUACUAAAAUGGAGGUAUAGAAGGACGAAGAUGAGGACUUGGUUGCCGGUCCAUCCAAAAAACCCCUACAGACAGAACCAACAAGUUUCUAAUGUAUCCCAAUAUAGGUUAAGAGCAAAGCGUUACUUAAAUUAUGAAUUUGAAAAAAGAAAA